AUGGCUCAACCGCAACCUCAGGUCCCUCAAAGGACCUUCUCCCCAACCUCCCAACUAAGCCCGUCCCCUGCUCCUCAUCCUGCGGCGUUUUCGGGGCAGCCAGCUUCAAAAAAGACACAGCUCUCUCCCGCACCAUCGCCAACCGGUCUCGUGCAGUCGCCCUCGGGCAUUUUCUCUCCUGUCGGGGCGAACGGCGGCCCGCACAGCAACAACAGCCCUGCGACGCCGUCAACGCCAAAUUCCCUAGCUUCGCCAUUAGCACUUCCUUCAUCCAACGCCCACCCGGCGAACGCGCCACUCUCCAUGCCUCUCCCUACCCCAGCACUCCCCACCUCCGCCGCAGCUUCUCCGAUGCCGAUGCCCUCUCCGCUGCCAGCCGCCGGCCAGGCAAACAACGCGUCAAACGGCUACUCGCCUCACAAAUCCCAAAUGCCGUCAGGUUCGCCUGCACCUCAGAUCGUGUCCCCGAAACCAGCCCAGACACCGACACCACCGACGCCAUCAGGUCCCCCGACGCCAUCGGGGCCUCCAUUCCCGCAGGCGACGCCGGGCAUGCCAAGUGGCGGCGCUGGCCCUACGAACGGAAACCACUUUGUACCGAUUGCUGCAACCCCAACCGUACAGACAUCGGCAGGCGGCGCUAUGGGCCCACCUUCGAAGCCACCGACAAAGGAAUACCAGUACGAUGUCGACGACUCGCUGGCCGGCACCGGUAUCGAUCUCCGACAAGAAGAGCAGUUUCAGGCCGACUAUUUUGCGGGCACGUUCCGGCCAGAGGCACGGACGGGAUUCCCUGCAAAUACACCGGGACCGCGAGGCUCGUUUUAUGGCUCUCUGUCUGCAAACCAGCCGGCCGAGACGGUUGACGAAGCAAAUCAGCGGAUAUUUGAGGUGGAAGCUGCAAAGCACGCAUGGACCGACGCAGCACGGGCUUUGGCAUCGUCGCGGAGCAAUGCGCUGCAGAACCGGUUCCUUGAUUUCGGCGCUGUGUUCUUACGGGCCGAGAAGAUUGCCAACGAGUACGGCAUUGGUGUGGUUAUGGAUCCCAAAGUGCCACCAGUGACGACCGGACGGGCGCGGCAGGAGGCCGAGUUUCCCAAGCCAUAUGUGACGGUCAAUACCAAAAAGGGGCCGGACGGCGUGUCGCUUGUCUCGACAACGGCGGCGUUUAUUCCGGAGGAUACAUUCCUUGCAGACCAGCUGGCGCUGCUGUCUCUUGCCGCCAAGCAUCGGAUUCGGGAGCUGCUGGAGGAUGCGAACAAGGUGGCAGAAACGCGCCAGACCACGUCCCACGGCGUUGUUCCGGACGAGUGGCUGGAGGCCGCGGCACCUCUUCCGUCGGCUACCGCUGCGGCAGAAGCGGCAGUCGCCUCCAAGGAUGGCGACGCGAUCAUGACUGACGCGGACAAGAGCUCCUUGAAGCGCACCCUCGAAGUGGACGACAAGACGGACCUGGGCGGUGUCGCGAAAAAGAUUGCUGCCGGCAAUACUCUCAUCCAGAGCUUGCGCAUUGUUAGCAAGGCCGAGCGUAGCUUCGAGGAGCAGCGGCUGCUUAAGCGUCAGAAGCGCGAGGGUAAGAAAACGGACUCGGCCACGCCAUCUACGCCGAUUGCGCACCGCACAGCCACGCCUGGAACGCCAGGGUCUGUUGCGCCGGAGCCCGACAAAGCGCCGACAAAGAAGGAGCUCAAGAAGAACGCAGCUGCCAAGGUCGCCGAGCAAAACGACACACUCAGUGCCAACCGCACAAGUAUGGCCUUCUUGGGCGGCCGCAAGAAGCAGUACUCGUGGCUGUCCGGCGGUGCUGGCGCAUCGCCCAAGCGUGGUCUAGGCGGCGGCGGCGGCGGCAGCGGUGGUGCAGGAGGUGCAGGAGGCUCUGGCGGCGCUGGAGGCAGCGGUGCCAACACGCCUGGCCGGAAGUCUAGUGAACCCGCUAUGUUGACUGCGGAGGCGAGAACAAAAUGGGGCUCGUGGCGCGAGGACGGCAUCAAGGGCAAAGACAUCCAACUGCGCGACUUGGUGGUCGUCCUCGAGGCAGAUGGUCGGGAGGUGGCGGCACUGCAGACGGCAUAUGACAAGCUGGACGGCGUGCCUCUGCCGCCGCCGAAGCCGGCACCAUGA